AUGGCACCCUCAGUGUAUAUCCUCCUACAGCGCGACACAGAGUCCACAGUCAUAAUUUCCUCGGUUUAUCUCGACCUCCAAGACGCCAACGCCGCGCUUCUUCAACUCGCACAAGAAGCAGGCGUCGACCCUGCAACUGUCAAGCCCACUGCUGCUGCGACUGGUUCAGAUCAGCCCUCGCUUGUCAAAGAACCUUUACGGUGGGAGGCAGCCGAUGGAACUGCCGCUUGGGUUGAGCGUCACACUGUAACGAGUCGCAAGACGCAUGUGACAGGCUCUGCUGGUGCGGCCGAUAAGCCUGGGUUGAAGAGAAAUGACAGUCGGUUGUAUGUCAACGAUGACGAUGAUGUUAUCGAGGUUACCGACCAUGAUGGACACUACGACUAA